CUUGCACCUCCUCCACCGUUGCCACCACCAAUACAGGGAUAUGCCUUUAAACCCCCUCCUCGACCAGAUUUCGGCACUUCUGGGAGAACAAUCAAACUGCAGGCCAACUUCUUUGAAAUGGACAUUCCUAAAAUAGAUAUCUACCAUUACGAAUUAGAUAUAAAGCCAGAAAAAUGCCCUAGAAGAGUUAACAGAGAAAUAGUGGAGCAUAUGGUUCAGCACUUUAAAACCCAGAUUUUUGGGGAUCGCAAACCAGUGUUUGAUGGAAGAAAAAACCUUUAUACAGCUAUGCCACUUCCAAUUGGGAGAGAUAAAGUGGAGCUGGAGGUCACGCUGCCAGGAGAAGGAAAGGACAGAAUAUUUAAGGUGGCUAUAAAGUGGAUGUCCUGUGUGAGUUUGCAGGCUUUACAUGAUGCUCUUUCUGGUCGGCUGCCAAGUGUCCCGUUUGAAACCAUCCAGGCACUGGAUGUAGUGAUGAGGCACUUGCCUUCCAUGAGAUAUACUCCUGUGGGGCGGUCUUUUUUUACAGCAUCAGAAGGGUGUUCAAAUCCAUUGGGUGGUGGCAGAGAAGUUUGGUUUGGCUUCCAUCAAUCAGUCAGACCUUCAUUAUGGAAAAUGAUGUUAAAUAUUGAUGUAUCUGCAACCGCAUUUUACAAAGCACAGCCAGUUAUCGAGUUUGUAUGUGAAGUUUUGGACUUCAAAAGUAUUGAAGAACAACAAAAACCUCUGACAGAUUCCCAAAGGGUAAAGUUUACCAAAGAAAUAAAAGGUCUAAAGGUGGAGAUAACACACUGUGGACAAAUGAAAAGAAAGUACAGAGUGUGCAAUGUCACCAGACGACCAGCAAGUCACCAAACCAAACUUAACUUACAGCUUCAGAAUGGACAAACAGUUGAAUGCACAGUAGCUCAGUAUUUUAAGGACAGGCAUAAAUUAGUUUUACGCUAUCCUCACCUUCCAUGUUUACAAGUUGGACAGGAGCAGAAACACACAUACCUUCCUCUUGAGGUGUGCAACAUAGUGGCGGGACAAAGAUGCAUAAAGAAACUCACUGACAAUCAAACUUCCACUAUGAUUCGAGCAACUGCCAGAUCAGCACCUGACCGUCAAGAAGAGAUUAGCAAAUUGGUGAGUAUGCGGAGUGCAAGUUUUAAUACUGACCCUUAUGUUCGUGAAUUUGGAAUAAUGGUCAAAGAUGAAAUGACAGAUGUGACCGGUAGAGUCUUACAGCCUCCUUCAAUCCUCUAUGGAGGCAGGAAUAAAGCAAUUGCUACACCCGUUCAAGGAGUCUGGGACAUGAGGAAUAAACAGUUUCACACUGGAAUUGAAAUAAAGGUUUGGGCAAUUGCAUGCUUUGCUCCCCAGCGCCAGUGCACUGAAGUUCAUCUUAAGUCUUUUACAGAACAACUGAGGAAGAUUUCCAGAGAUGCGGGAAUGCCAAUCCAGGGGCAGCCGUGCUUCUGUAAAUAUGCGCAGGGAGCUGACAGUGUGGAGCCCAUGUUCAGACAUCUCAAAAACACUUAUACUGGGCUGCAGCUUGUUGUAGUAAUUUUGCCAGGAAAAACACCAGUCUAUGCGGAGGUGAAGCGUGUUGGCGACACUGUGUUGGGAAUGGCUACACAGUGCGUUCAGAUGAAAAAUGUGCAAAGAACAACACCGCAAACUCUGUCUAACCUUUGCUUAAAAAUAAAUGUCAAAUUAGGAGGCGUAAAUAAUAUUUUACUGCCACAGGGAAGACCACCAGUAUUUCAACAGCCUGUCAUAUUCCUUGGUGCAGAUGUAACUCAUCCGCCAGCUGGAGAUGGAAAAAAGCCUUCCAUUGCUGCAGUUGUAGGAAGCAUGGAUGCUCAUCCUAAUCGAUACUGUGCCACUGUUCGGGUCCAGCAGCACCGCCAAGAAAUCAUUCAAGAUUUGGCUGCCAUGGUCAGGGAGUUGCUUAUUCAGUUCUACAAAUCAACUAGAUUUAAACCAACGCGUAUAAUCUUCUACAGAGAUGGCGUUUCUGAGGGGCAGUUUCAACAGGUUCUCCAUCAUGAAUUGCUGGCUAUCAGAGAAGCAUGCAUUAAACUAGAAAAGGAUUACCAGCCUGGAAUUACAUUUAUAGUUGUGCAGAAAAGGCAUCACACCAGACUCUUCUGUACAGAUAAAAAUGAACGGGUUGGAAAAAGCGGAAACAUUCCGGCUGGUACCACAGUGGACACAAAAAUCACACAUCCAUCAGAGUUUGACUUUUACCUGUGUAGUCACGCUGGUAUUCAGGGAACAAGCAGACCUUCUCAUUACCAUGUCCUCUGGGAUGACAAUCGUUUCUCUUCGGAUGAACUGCAGAUUCUUACCUACCAGCUGUGUCAUACGUAUGUACGCUGUACUCGUUCUGUUUCUAUCCCUGCACCAGCAUAUUACGCGCACCUGGUUGCCUUCAGAGCCAGGUAUCAUCUGGUGGAUAAAGAACACGAUAGUGCUGAAGGAAGCCACACUUCCGGUCAGAGUAAUGGCAGAGAUCAUCAAGCACUUGCUAAAGCAGUUCAAGUUCAUCAGGACACGUUGCGCACUAUGUACUUUGCUUGACAUGUUUUAAUGUUUAGCGACUCAGUACAAUACAGAGUUGGAUUCACAUGAGACCAGCUGCACUUAGACCAACAGUUGCCCGAGCUACAGUGACAGCCAGCAAUGAGUGAUGCAUCUUAAUUUUUUUUUUCUUUCCCAUUUGCAAGAAAGCCUUCCGUCCAGAAUUUCAGACUUGAUUACGAACUGCAUUCUUGUACCAAACCCCACUAUUGUUGGAAAUGUGAUUUGCCAAAAAUCUCUAAGCUGCUUGGUAUAAAACAGACC